UAACUGAAAACCAAACUAUACUCAAACCAAACCAAAACCAAAACACUCCAAACCCAUCACCGGAAAUGUGCGACACCUUGAGCUUGAAGAACAACUACCACCUCUGGGAGGAGGUUGGCCGCGGCCGAUUUGGCACUAUCUCUCGCUGCUUUUCCCCCGUCAAGAACGAAUUUUUCGCCUGUAAAAUCAUCGACAAGAACCUCCUUACCGAUCCAACCGACCGCGAGUGCCUCCAGAACGAAGCCAAGAUCAUGACUAUUUUGUCUCCGCAUCCAAACAUUGUUCAGAUCCACGACGUCUAUGAUACUGAUGACUCCCUCACCAUGGUCAUGGAGCUUUGCGAGCAGUAUACUCUUUAUGAUCGGAUCAACAAGAGUAAUGGCGGAUUAUGCGAGGGGAAAUCCGCUUCCAUUAUGAAACAGUUGUUAAAUGCGAUUGCCCAUUGUCAUAGAUUCAAUAUCGUUCACAGGGACAUAAAGCCAGAUAAUAUAUUGUUCGAUUCGGGAAACAGGGUGAAAUUGGCGGAUUUUGGUUCGGCCGAUUGGCUUGGGGAGGAGAGGACGAUGAGUGGUGUGGUGGGAACGCCGUAUUACGUGGCGCCCGAGGUGGUCAUGGGGAGGGACUAUAAUGAGAAAUCUGAUGUGUGGAGCGCUGGCGUCGUUUUAUAUGUGAUGUUGGCAGGGAUCCCACCAUUUUACGGCGAGACUGUAGAGGAGAUAUUUGAAGCCGUUAUAAGAGGGAAUCUGAGGUUUCCGCCGCGGAUUUUUAGGACUGUUUCUGCUGCGGCGAAGGAUCUGAUGAGAAAGAUGAUCUGUAGAGAUGUUUCACGGCGGUUCUCAGCUGAACAAGCUCUAAGACACCCAUGGAUUGUAAACGGCGGAGAGACAAUUUCAAUGGACUAAUCUGCCCUCGGAAAAAGCAAGAAAAUGUAACGGAAAGCCAAUAGCUUAUCACUGUGUACAUACAGGUCUACCUAUCAGCCCAUGACAUCCAAGUGUCCUGUGUAGAACACAAAGCCCCAUGAUGUGUACUUCCCGAAUUUCAGUUUUUGCACGCUAGAUAAGGAGCUAUCGACAAAAGCAUCACAUGACAGGCUCUUCUAACAAGAAACCGAGCACUACUUUAAUAUUUUUUUCUUCUUCCAGGCUUUUGUGUUUUGAGGUAAAUAUGUAAAGAAAAUAAUAAAAUAAAAGACUGAGAGAAGCCCAUCUUUCCCCGCUUUUGCUCCUUUUUUUGGCCGGAGGAUGUGAGAAAGCUAACGAGUUGUACUGAGUAAACUGGUUUUGCUUAUCUGUUUUCCUCCCUUUUUAUGUAAGAAUCUUGUUUUGUGAAAAAAGAUUUGGAUGUUGUACUGGUUCA